UGACACUCCUCUACCAUGCACGACACACUGACACUCACAGUCUCUCUCUCCCCCUCCUCCGGCCCUGCACCGUGGCACGCUGCGCAUGACGCCAACCCUGCCCUCUCUCGGUCACCGGCGUCCCCGCGUCGCAAGGAACCUGCUACGCCCGUCGCCCAAACCCUCGCAGUCGCAGGCGACGCGCAGGUCCCGAACAGUGCACACACGCCCAAAAGGGGGCCGUACCGAUACGCUGACACCUUCCCUGCUCGAAAGCGAUCGCCCUGCGCACCUCCCUGCGUCCGCCAUUAUUGUUUCCGGACCUCCUCCUAAUGAUCAUUACUCCUCCACGGCUCCACCUCACAUUCCCAUGCAGCCAAGGCAAUAGAAUAUCAAAUUUUAACUGGAAAGGGUUGACGUGAUAGGAACCGGGAAAAUGUUAUUAAAAACUGGCAGAUGGAUGAUGGACUGAUGGACUGAUUGAAAACACUAGAGCAAGUUUCAGUUCGGAGAGAGAAAGAGUAUGCAGACCUCCUUCUCCCACUCCACUUCUCCUUCUCCUCCUCUUCUGCCAUGUACUCGUCUCAUCUCUACAGAGGGGAGAAUUCUCCGGCAGGAUUCAGCAUUGGAGAUGCCGUGCUCACCCCCAAGAGCUCGAGCAAUCUCGCGGCUGCUACAUCCUCGGCGCUGCAUCUCCAAUUUGGGGCCUUAAGCCAUGGGAGCAUGGCCACUCUGGAAAUGGUGGCAUCGGCGGCGCCGGCGCUGGAUGUUGCUGCUGCGGCUGCCGCAGCCGGUAGAAUGGCAUUCUCAAGAGGACAGGUUGAGAACUGGGGAGACUCCACGAUGGUCGUAAGUAGCACGCGGACUGAUACAUCCACUGAUGUCGAGAUCGAGGACAGAAACAAAACGUUAGGGAGUGGCCAACAAGGUGCAACUGCUUGUGCCGAUUCUUCUGCAGUGUCAAAGGGAAAAACUGGGGAGCAAAAGUCACUUCGUAGACUCGCUCAAAAUCGCGAGGCUGCAAAAAAGAGUCGCUUAAGGAAGAAGGCAUAUGUUCAGCAGCUUGAAAGUAGCCGCUUAAAAUUGAUCCAACUUGAGCAAGUUCUUCAGCGAGCACGCCAACAAGGCAUCUUAUUAGCAAAUGGAUUCACAAGUGAUCAUAGUUAUUCUAUUGGAGGAAAUGCCGCAUUAGUGUUUGACAUGGAGUAUGCCCGGUGGCUUGAGGAUCAUCAAAGACAGAUUAAUGAGCUUAGAUCAGCGCUGAACUCUCAAGCCAACAAUGAAGAUCUACGACUUCUUGUUGAAUCUGUUAUGUCUCACUAUAACGAAGUAUUCAGACUGAAAAGCAUUGGUACAAAAUCCGAUGUGUUUCACAUACUGUCCGGCAUGUGGACGACCCCUGCAGAACGUUGUUUCAUGUGGUUAGGUGGUUUCCGAUCGUCCGAGCUUCUGAAGAUAGUGGUGACUCAUCUCGAGCCAUUGACAGAUCAACAGCUGAUGGGUAUAUGCAACCUUCAGCAUUCGUCUCAGCAAGCAGAGGACGCCCUAUCGCAGGGUAUGGAAGCAUUGCAACAGUCGUUAACGGAAACGCUUGCUUCUGCAUCCCUCGUGCCAGCUGAUGGUCCUGAUAAUGUCUCGAAUUACAUGGGCCAGAUGACAAUGGCAAUGAGCAAAUUGAGUACACUGGAGAACUUCAUCCGUCAGGCUGAUCUUUUGCGGCAGCAGACUUUGCAGCAAAUGCAUCGAAUCCUCACCGCUCCGCAGGCAGCCCGAGCGUUACUAACCAUCAGCGAUUACUUCUCGCGGCUUCGAGCUCUAAGCUCGUUAUGGUUGGCACGCCCAAGAGAUUAGCUGUGAGCUCUCUGGCCUCUGCCGCCGCGAUGAAUCAUGAGAUAGUGUGAAGAGCAAAUGAACUUGAGCUCAACUAGAGUAUUGCGACAUUUUUAGUUAGUUUCUAUUAAUUUGUAUAUGCACCUUGUAGCUUUUCAUUGUUAGCUUAUUUCAAUGGUUAGCAACUUGUAAGGGUUAAAUCAAAAGACAUU